AUGCGACCCAACAUUAAGUCUAUGCAAAGUGAGAACGGCAGCUCAAGAUCAAAGUCGGACUGCAACAUAAGCGAAUUAGCAAGAGCUCAUUCCCGACGAUCGGCUGCCUCUGACACCGCUGAACACCGUGUACUGCGAUCAGUCAAGCGCUCAGCUACGGAUCAGUUGUCAUCCCCACACAAAAGACCUCGAGAAGACGACAGCCAAGACAGUCGAUCAAUUCACAGACAAUGCUUGAAGCAGGCGAGCAAUUUUCAGAAGGAGCUUUGCAAGGUCUGGGAGGACCAGGACCGAGAGCGAACUGAAAGUACCCAGAAAAUUCAGCAGCUCCAAAUGGAAAAGGCAGAAGAGAUGGCCAAAUUGAAAAAGGUACUGGUGGAGAACGAGAAAGUCUUGGGCGAAGCAAAGGAAUUACAAAUGGAGAUUAGUCAGUUGCAACAGCAGCUUGAGUCUUUCAAUUCCACCAUGCAGGGCCAAGUGGCAUGGAAUGAUAUCCAGCCGGCGUUGUACCAGGCACACGGUGACCUGGUAUCCGCUGCCACGCAGUUCUGGAGGAGUGUGGAAGCUAUUCAAAACCGAGAGCUGGCUACCUAUUUGCCAGGUUCCGGAGUGGUGUAUGGAGCGUGGCCUGCUCAAGUCAGCGCGCAAGAGCCUCUAGUUUCUACUUCACUGCCGGAAAUUUCUGGGCUUGGCGAAUAUUCCAUUCUGCCCCAGCCAGCGCCAACAACUACAAACUAA